CCAUAACCAUCCUCCCUACGCUGAGAUGAUAAUCACCGCGGUUGCGACGUUAAAAGAGACUAACGGUUCUAGCAGACAAGCCAUAGCUAGGUACAUAGAUCGAUUCUACUCGGAUCUUCCUCACACUCACUCGUCCUUGUUGUCUCACCACCUGAAGCGGUUAAAGAACACAGGCCAGCUGGUUAUGGUUAAGCACUCUUACAAGCUUCCCGGGUCUCUGACACAAAAGCAUCCCCUACCCGAAAUCAAAGAAAAUGGAGCUCUAACUACCUGCUCGAAGAAAAGGCCUGGUCGCCCCCCCAAGCUCAAGCCUGAGACCCAACUGCAGCCUGAUUCUCAGCAUCAGCUGGAAUUUCAACAACAACCACUGUUCAAUUUUCAGCCCGAACCCAUCAGCCAGUUUCAGGUUCAUGACCAGGAUCAACUCCAGUUCCCCCAGGAAGAAGCCCAGUUUGAGGGUCAGCCAUUCGUAGUCCCAGAUUCCCAUGAAGUUCCCAGAAUGGAGCCUGAAUCCGUGUUCGCUUCUCUCGGGUUGCUCGACGCUUCUCCCCCGCCUGCAACCAUUGAUACUGCAGUAACUAAGAGGCGCCCCGGCCGUCCAAAGAAGACUGAUUCUGAAAACAAAUCCCCUGCACAGCUCACUUCUGUAAAAAGAGGCCGAGGACGCCCCCGUAAGCCUGGACUGACCACCCCUUCUGGUGGUUCAGGGAGGCCAAGGGGCAGACCAAAGAGAAACACCAACAUUUCUUCUCUACAGGGCCCACAACCUGCUGCUGCAGUUGCUAUGAAGCCGCCGAGCAGGCCACGUGGACGGCCUGCAAAGAAUAGUGCUCAUCAAUUUGGCGGUGUUGUCGGGGGAUCAGUGAUCAACGUCCCCAUUGCUAAUAGUAAUGACACUGCCGCUAGGGCAGAAACACCACUUCCUGUGGUUGGUUCCUCAAAUGGGGUGUUGUUGCCAAUGCCAAAACGAAGAGGAAGGCCUCCUAGAUUAUCGACUCAACCAGCUGCUUGGAACUCUGGAUGUGGCCAUGGGAUGGCGCCACAGGCACCAAGGCCAAGGGGACGACCCCCAAGGUCUUCUUAUAAUGGUGGUGUGUAUAAGAAACCCCGGAAGCUUAGUGGGAAGCCACUUGGUCGGCCAAAAAAGAACGCACCAUUGAUAGCGCCGAUUGCUUCAUAUUCCCAUCACUUGGCUCUGGAGGGACAUCUUGAACAGCUAAAAUCAAGGAUAAAGGAAACCGCAAGUUUUAUAAGACCAUUCUUAAACCAUGAAACGGCAGUAACAGCCUUGCACGAUCUGGAAGCAUUUGCAGAAGGUGUAAAACCUGUCCAGCCAGCUUGAAAAAGGAACACUAAAUUUAAAGAAGCUUGAAACUGAUAUGUGGAGGAGGGUUGGUUACGAUGCUAUUGUUUAAAUUAAUAUCUAGUUAUUUGCAGAGAUAUUUGAUGCUUUCAGCAUUUAGCUAAUUUGUCAAUAAUGUUUUUCUAGAAUUACGGGCCAGUUUUUAAUCUGUUUUUUAGGUUGAAUAUCACACGUAUGGAGCUUUUAAUAGGUAGAUCCAGUUGAAUGUGGGAUGUAUCAUCUACCUAAGUCUGUUGUACGAUGAUGUUGUUGCCUCGUUUUUUUUUCUUGAUCCAAAAGGGAGAUACAAAGUCGUCAGACAUUACUAUGUAGAUCUUUUAUUGUUUGUCUAUUGAAGUCAAGAAUUUAUUACUGUGUAAUUGUGUAUGAAUGAAUAUCUUUGUCUGUUCGUCUCCGGA